AUGGUGAAAUCAGCCAAAGAAACCAAGAAGAAAGCUGACGCCAAAGCUUCUCCGAAGCUGAAGCCCAAGGCCUCGCCGAAGGUUGCACCAAAGGCAUCGCCCAAGCUUGCACCGAAAACAUCACCCAAGGAGGCUCCCAAAACGAAGAAGCGAAAGCAGGAGACAGCUGAGGCUGACAAUGAGAUAGAAACCAAGAAAGAGAGAAACGAAAACAAAAAAAUUAAGAAGUCUGAAGGGAGCCUUGGCGUAUGCGCAGUAUCUGAUAUCAAAGAAAUAUCAGAUGCCAGCCAAAAGGCGUUGGCUGGCAAGAGCAUCACCACGUUGUUCGAGAUCCAACAGAAGGCUUUCCAGCCAUGCUUCAGCGGCAAGGACGUUGUUGGUCGAGCCAAGACUGGCUGUGGAAAGACCUUAGCCUUUGUGCUGCCAGUGGUGGAGCGUAUCAGAGCAAACAAGUUCAUCAAGCAAUUCCGCAAGAAGGCACCGCUCUGUGUGACCAUUGCGCCCACAAGGGAGCUUGCCCGUCAGAUCUUCAACGACUUUGAAUUGCUUGGUGCUGCCGGUGGCUUGGUGGUCAAGUGCUUCUAUGGAGGUACGCCCUUUGGUUCUCAAUGUGAAGAUCUCCGGAAUGGUGUGCAUGUGUUGGUUUGCACUCCUGGGCGUUUGCUAGACCAUGUACGCCGGCAAAGUGCUGACCUAUCAGCAUGCAAGACGCUGGUUUUGGAUGAGGCAGACGAGAUGUUGUCAAUGGGAUUCCAAGAAGACAUCGAAGCAGUGAUGGAUGAGCUGCCAAAAGAAGGUUGUCAGAAGCUGUUGUUCUCCGCGACUUUGCCCAAAUGGGUGAAUGCCAUUGUAGAGAAGCACUUGAAGUCACCGGUUUGGAUUGAUGUAGCACAAGAUCCUGAUGGCAAUAAGACCAGCAAUCUCAUCACACAUCAGUGUGUUGCAUGCCCUAUCAGCAUGCGGGGUGAUUGUAUCGGCGACCUGUGCAAGAUACAUGCAGGCGCAUUUGGUAAAACCAUUGUCUUUGUGAAUACGAAGAAGGAUUGUGACGAACUUGCCGGCAAUGAGAAGCUGAAGGCCAUAGGAGCUGGCGUUUUGCAUGGGGACAUCCCCCAGCAGACACGUGACCGAACGAUGGAGCACUUCCGAUCUGGGAAGAUCCGUUGCUUGGUGGCCACGGAUGUGGCAGCGCGUGGCAUUGAUGUGCCAGCCGUAGAUUUGGUGGUCCAGACUCGUCCACCGCAAGACCUGGAAGCUUAUGUGCACCGUUCAGGUCGCACAGGCCGUGCGGGGCGCAAAGGAACCUCCAUUUGCUUUUAUUCCAGAUCUGACGAAUAUUUGCUUCGCCUCAUUGAGCACAAGAAGGGCAUCAAGAUGCGGCGUGUAGGCCCUCCACAGCCGAAAGAUGUUGUAGGAGCUGCAGCAGAUGAUGCAGUGAGACAACUUGAUACAGUGCAUGAAGCCAGUGUCGAAGCCUUCACCGCCAAGGCGAAGGAAGUGAUCGAAGAACGUGGUGCCGAAGCAGCGCUUGCAGCUGCCAUGGCUGCCUUGACUGGGCAUUUCCGUGAGCUUAAGGGACGGUCCAUGCUUUCAGCCUGGGAAGGCUGUACUGCUCUGAUUUUGGAGUCUGAACGUGCCAUUGAAACUUCCUCAAAAGGCUGGUAUUUGCUGCGGCAAAUGCUUCCAUGGGAAAUCGUGGAGGAGUGUCGGGGCUGCAAACGUUGCAAGGAUGAACAUCGGUGCAUUUUUGAUGCACCAGAUCACUUGGUCAAGAAGAUUCUGGAGGUCGAGCUGUGGCGUGGAAACAAGAUCAGCGUCGCAGAGGAGCUACCCGAGCUCGAGGAAGAGGAGACAGACAUCCAUGAGGCUUCUCAGCGGUUGAAGGAGACCAAGCAGCGAAUGUAUGAGCGAAGAAAAGGUGGCGGUAAAGGUGAGAAGGGCAAGGGCGAGAGGGAAGGAAAAGGAAGAAAAGGAGGAAAAGGAAAAGGAGAAGGGCGUGGCAAAGGGAGUUCUCGGGGACGUGGCCGUGGUUGA